CUCGCCACCAGCCAGAAAAUUACUCAUCAGCAUUUUUUUGUGUCUCGUUACCAUGGUAAAAUUGUUUCGAAAACAUUGCUGUCAUAUUUGUCAUGGCAACGAUUUUGGCCAGAAACAAAAUUUGCGAAGGCAUCUGAAAAAUGUUCAUGAUAUUCAACUUGAAGCUGGUGUGAAAGGCAACAUCCGGAAAGUGAAAGAUCAUUUGUUUGUUUCAAAUGAAAACGAUGCUGAUAAGACUGUAUUCGUUUGCCCUUCCUGUCCCAACUAUUUCUCGAAACUCGAAGAAUUGGAUUGCCAUGUUCCUGAACAUUUUAAAAUACUCAGUAAAGAUUCUGAUGCUGCGAGAGAACACAACGAGGAUGAAGACGAAGCAGAAGAUGUCGACGUAACCCUGCCUAUUGACGAGCUUAUGCCCAGCAAACCACCAUUACACUUCGAAUCAACAGCCAUAACACACAAUGAAACACGAACAUAUUCAGACGCGACGCUUUCCGCAAUGGGUGCAAUGGAUUUACCGGAUGACGAAAAGCAGAAGAAAUUGCUGAUUGCAGAACUCGCCGAUUUGCACCCAAUGGCGAUCUUUGAUAAAAACAAUAGGGAACAUAAUAUGCUUGGUCAUUCCGCAACCAUUUCUAGCCUCUUGGCUUCACAAUUUGGUUACCAGGCUCCAGCGUUCAAAGCAAUCACACCGAUGAAGCGCAGUUAUUUCCAAAUGUUGGAUGCAGGCGACCAACGACCUGCUGCAUCCAUUUUAUCCCAUCUGAUCGCUAACAGCCAUCUGACAUGUCUCUCUGCAACAGAUUAUACGGAAAUGGAUGAAAAUAUCGCCACCAUAUUGAACAUUGAUUGGACACGGCGUCCGUGGAUGCGUGUAGUUUGUGCUCGUGCAAUGGAGGGACUGAUUCUUGUCAAUAGGCGUGAAGGUCUGCUUGUGAAUUGUGCAGAAGUGUACAGUCGAUAUCCCACAUUGGAUGCUCAUCAUGAACAAACCAAGAUCAAGCGCUAUCAACCCUUAAACACAACCUUACCGCAUCCAACUACGAAAUACCCAAAUGUGGAGCUGUUCAUUGUCGAAAAAGAUAACAGUCAUAAACUUGAACUUGGCACGAAAACAAUGAAUGUCCUCAUUACAUCAUCCAUCCGAAUUGACAAAAAUCAGCCCCCAGCUGUCGGUCCAUCCAGCGCAAAUGGGUUCAGUGUCAGCAAAGAUACCAUCAUCUUUAUCCGACGAUCGUUUAUUAAAUGGUAUGGCGAUCUGCGACAACGAGGAUUCAACGAUCUGUCCAUCCGCGAAUUAUAUCCAUUUGACGAGUACGCGCAAUUACGACAAGUGCGGUCCAAGUUCCACAGAACCACCACUUAUCUUCUUUCUCGAUCAUGUUCCAUCUUCGCAAACGAUCUGUGCUCGCGGCCUGUUACGAUCUGGACACUUGCCGACCACAACACCGGUACGAACAAGGAUUCAGAUGCAAAAAUAGCAUCCCAGUUGUUUCGAGUAGUCGCGGCAUCUGUUUGGGAACAAGGUGAAAACGCUAUCCUUAGCCGACAUUGUGUUAAUGAUCAACAAAAGAAAUGCAAGACGAACGGCAAAGUUUGGAAUAUUAUGGAUGAGAUUCUCAGUCUGUUCAAUGACAGCUCAACCACCAACAUCAUUGGCAAUGAACAACUCAAUCGUCCUUUGACCAAUUUGGCGAAUGAAAUAUCGCCCUCUCUCAUCACUGCAAAUGCCGAAGUGACGCGCACCGUUUGUCAAAUCUUCGCCAUAUGAAUAAACAAUUUUUCUCAUGGAGCAGCGAAUCAAAGUGGAUAUCAUUGUCAAUAAAACAAAUGACGUACAAAUAUCUCCUGUAUGCGAUGAACUUUGAAUAUUCAUGUGUUCUGCCGUGGGAUAUAGUAUAAGAGUUUCUGC